CCCGCUGUGGGUGCUGCCGGGUGGGAUGGGUGGGAUGGCUCCGGUUUCUGCCAAGUCACGGCGGGGCGAGGAGACCUUUGGAGCCCAACACAUCACGUGGGCGCCGGGCAGCCCUUAAGGCACCGACGGGCGCGAGGGGGGGUCAAACCGACGGCACGCCCGCAGCCAUGAGCAUCCCCAUCGCCAAGUCCUUCUACGACCUGAGUGCCACCUCCUUGCAGGGGGAGAAGGUGGAUUUCAAUGUCUUCCGGGGCCGCGUGGUCCUUAUCGAGAAUGUGGCGUCUCUCUGAGGCACCACCGUGCGGGAUUACACCCAGCUCAACCAGCUCCAAGCCCGCUAUCCCCGGCGGCUGGUCGUGCUGGGCUUCCCCUGCAACCAGUUUGGCUACCAGGAGAAUGGGACCAACGAGGAGAUCCUCAACUGCCUGAAGCACGUGCGGCCGGGUGGCGGCUUCGAGCCCAAUUUCACCCUCUUCCAGAAGUGCCAGGUGAAUGGGCAGGACACCCACCCCGUUUUCGCCUACCUGAAGGCUCACCUGCCCGCACCAGCUGACGAGGCCACGCACCUGAUGUCCGAGCCCCGGUUCAUCACCUGGAGCCCGGUGCGGCGCUCCGACAUCUCCUGGAACUUCGAGAAAUUCCUGGUGGGGCCGGAGGGGGAACCUUUCCGACGCUACAGCCCGCGCAUGCCCACGGCCCAGCUGGAGCCCGACAUCCAGCGCCUCCUCAAACUGGCCAAGUAGGGCUGGCUCCCGUGUCCCCCGGCUCAACGCCAGCUGCCACCCCCCGGGAUGGCCCCAGCUCUCCGCCGGGUGACAGCCCCCCCCGAAAACGCCGUGGGGAGGCGGCUCGAUGGGGGCAGAGGGCUGGAGCCACCGGGGUGGCGCGGGCUGGUGGCAAUAAAUGAGCCGGAGGGAGCG